AUGGACCUUCGAAACCUGGGCUGGCUCGCGACCCAGGCCGUCCUGCUCAUCAUUUGGCCGCGCUUCAUCACCAACCUCCUCCGUCCCGAUGACUACCAGUACGCCCUCGAGGACUACUUUGCCCGCUCUCUAGGCUUCCUCACACAAGUAACCUCCCAAACAGCACCCGCGGGAACAGUCUCCCCCUACGCAAACGCAGCCCUCAUCCUCUCCUCCAUCCACCACGCCUCGGCCGGCUUCUAUUGCUACAGCAGGUGGCUCCGCACCGGCCAGACGGCCUUUGCCCUCGGAUGCCUCGGCAGCGCCAUCUUCGCCGUCUCGGGGCUCUGGUGCCUCAUGUUCGCCGGGGACAAAUCGCGGCGCAGCAAGAAGCAUGGCUACGACAAGGACACGAGCUCGUUUCCCUUUAAGAAUACCGAGUCGUACAGAUCCAAGAAGAAGGGUUUGUAA